UGGAAAGGAAAUGGCCAUUACCCAGACUUUACCGAAUUCUUUUGUACGCACAGGACAAUUGUUUUAAAAUAUCUUUUCUCCCAUUAUUACAAUUCCAGUUAGCAGUUUUCUUCUCUACUUGCCGUAAGGAAGACUUCAGAAGCCAACCCGUAACCGAAAAACACUGGUUAAGCUCUCCAGGCAAAGUAGGCGUUUCUGCCGUUCUAGGGUUUUCUUCAAACCCGUUGCAAGGAAACCCACGUAAUUUUAAACAGUCCCAAUUUCGCUUUGGUUGCUUCAGGAUGAGCAUGACCCAAUUUGCAAUGGUUGAGGAGCUGGCGUUUCUUAUUAAGGAUAAUCUUCCUUGCAAGCAUCUUGUUCUCUCCAUGGAAGAAGCUUUGGUUAAUUUUCUUCAGGAUGACACAAGCACAGAUGGGAUCCUGGAACUGGAACCUAUGAAUCCAUACAACCGCCUUCUCCUGCAUCGCCUUGCGGAUAUUUUUGGGUUUGCCCAUGAAUCUGUUGGUGAAGGAGAUGAUCGCCAUCUAAUUUUGAAACGAUGUCCAGAGUCAUCAAUACCAGCCAUCCUUGUCAGUGAUAUUUUGUGGCAGUAUGAUGGUUAUCAUUCUUCAACAACAUCAUGCCAAUUACUGAGGCGUAAGGAGACGUUCCCAGCAUUGAAGACAAAGCCAGCUUCUCUUCAAUUGUCACUUGAGGAGAGAGAAGCAGCUUACCUGGCUGCUCGUGAACGAAUCUUUUCAGAAGAUGACAAUGAAAUAAAGCAAUCUGUCUCACAGAAGCCUCGAAAUGUUCCUGUGGUUGCUCGCAGGAUGAUUGCUCAUGCACUUGGCCAGAGGAUUGAUUUAUCCAAUGAUAAGACCACCCUCCUAGGAAGUAUAGAAAAUGAAAAGCAAACCGAGAAAUUCAAUGUUCAACAGACUAAAGUCCAUAAAAAUUCAAGGUUGGAAGCUUCUCAGGAGACCCAUUCCCAGUCCAACCAAUGUUUGACUACGAGUGGUACUAGGUUGUGUAGCGCACCAUUGGGCAGAUUCUCGACUAAUGAAGCAUCAGAGAAUGAAAAGGUAAUGCACAAACAGCCAGUCGUUAAACAAUCUGCUAGUGUUAGUGUGCCACAGACCGGAAACUCCGACAGAGUUGCUUGCCAGGAACAUAUUAAGCGGGAGCAUAUGGGAGCCGCCAGGAGGAUGUUUGCUCAUGCUUUGGGCCUGAACGCAACCAAGGAGAAUGAAGUGCAGCGUAACAAAGCCAAUUGAUAACAAGUAGUGGUUGAAAUUAUUUGAACCUAAUGAUUGAUCUAUGCUUUCUCUUCUCAAUAUGCUCUCGAAGAGAGGAACCAAAUGCCUCGUUGACUUGAGAAGUGUGAAUAGUGCCUCAACUGUCCACUUACUUCAUGGAAUGGAAGGAUAGGAGAGUAAACCAGUUGUCAUCUUAGAUUUUUGGGGGUUUCUUACUCAUUUCAGCACUGUGAAAAGUGGAGAUGUAUAUGUUGCAUGGAAAUGUGAGUAUUGCAUUCUGUGAAAGUUAUCAAAAGUGAGCUGGUUGAGAGUUUGCAUGGAAAAGAUGUUCUUUCAACUGGAGUGGCUCGGAAAACUUUGAUGUUGUUGAACUGAAGAUUUGAGUGCUAAAUUGGACGAUUGAUGUUCUGGUGCUGCAUCUUGUAUCCAACCUGAGGUUCUCUUAAAUUCUGUUGGCUUCUUUUUGAUAAGGGACAUCUCAAAUCACAGAGCUGAACAGGGUCAAGUUUGUUCCUAUCAGUUGGGGGAAAUUGAUUCUUACAUGCUGCUUGUUUCUCUUUCACCACUGGUUGUUUCAGAUUAUACUUUUUUCAGUUUGCCAUGUUUAAGGUGAUGUAUUGGAGUCACAGUGGUUGUAGUCCUGGUAUGGGCAGGUAGAAGUAGAACUGAGUUAUGUGUUCAAGAGUCAGAAAAUUUCCAGUUUGUAUUAUGGAUAGGCAAGACCAGUCCUUGUUUUAAUUUUAGUUGAUAAAACUUAUGGUGAAGGAAGCAAUGUUUAUAGUUGAUUGUUUCAAAGUAAA